ACACCAGAGAAUAGAAAUAGUUUUCUCUAAUCUCUGUAUUUCUUUAGCUUUUUAAGAUACGUUGUUGUUGUUUUGUAGUUUGUACUGUUCUGUGUUAUCUUUGACUAUUUUAAAUAGGGCGUUGUACUGUACGUUGGAAGAUUUUUAAAAAGUGAAAUUGUAGUAUUAUAGUGAUGUUUUUGAUGUACAAUGUCUUAUUUUGAUGUUAAUAUAGAACAAACGACAACACCUGAACCAGGAAAGCAUAAAGUCGGAGAUUUCACACCCUUUUACGUGGCGAUUGGAAUUUGUUCCGUUGUUGUAGGUUUUUUAUUUUUGCUUAACUUAUAUUUUUGUUGUUCAAGAUAUCAUAGUUACUGGCUGGAUCAUAAUACAGGCAACCGCUGGCUGCUGCCCGUCUGGACCAAGACCCCGCACCAGCAGCCGCCGCUGGACUGCACGGAGCUGGAGGGCAGCCGGCUGGUGCAGCUCAGCCGGGAGCAGCAGGAGGUCUUCCAGCCGGCCGAGCCCGUCCUCGGCCAGGACGAGCGACAGCAGUUCUUCGAGCUGAGGAAGCGCGAGAGCGACCUGUGACAUGUUCCACGCCUACUGGCCGGCCGUCACGGCCCUGGCCAUGUUCGUGCUCGGCGUGGUGGUGGCCAUGCUCAAGUACGGGCCGCGCCUGUGCAAGACGCGCCACGCCGCGCUGCCCGCCCGCCGCGACUGGGAGGACGAGGGGUACGUGCAGGAGGUGUCCGGGGCCUAGCCCCCCUCCCUCGCACACGUCCCAUCGGCAGUUCAGGCAUACCUGUUAGACAAGCUUAAUUAUUGAGUAAUUUUUAUAUCUGUACGAGAAUGAGGUAAGGAUGACAUAUUAAGCAUUAUUUUUUUUAUAUUAACAAGUGUUCUAUAGCAAUUUUUAGGCGCUUAUAGUUAUCUUUAGCGACUAGGUUCUUUUUGAUGUGCUUGAAUGCAGAUAAAAGCAAAAGAUAAUCAAAUGCUGAUGUAGGUAAAUUGUUGAUUGAAAACUUUAUGAUGCUUGGUAGCAGUUUUGAGGUGAAGAAAUGAAUUUCGCUAAUUGGCUACGAUUAUUUGAAUUUUCGGAAAAAUAAAUAUACAAUUAUUGCCAUUCGUUAUAAUUAACCUUAGUAGUGGUUUUAACUAGCAGUAUGGUAAUAGUAUUUUUAUUUGAAAACUUAGUGUGUAGGAAAUUAAAAUAUAAUUUUGUUGUGUAGUCGUGACCUAAAUUUAUGUAUAGUAAUAGAAAGUAAAAAUAUUGUAAACUUAGGAUAGUUUACAUAAGCUAACUUCACUUGUUUUCGUUGCUGAGCGCAACAGAAGGUUUCUCAUAACCGUAAGAUCUGUAAUGCUGCAUAUUUUCCAUAGCAAAAUAAAUGAAGUGCUUAUAGGAUUGCUUUAUUUUGCUAUUUAUCACAAUAUGUUUACUUUCUUGAAAAGGCUGAAAUCAUUGGCAGUCAAAUAACAUGUAAUUUGUCCUUUAUUCUGUAGCUACGUGUUCUCGUAAUUUUUUUUUUCGUGUAGGUAGUUGGCCAUUAAAAUUUGGUUUUAUUGCUUUGUUGCUCUUCUGAAUUUUAUAAUUAAAGCUAGCCAUUUCUCGUGUUGAUUUUCUAGUAUAUAAAGAUGUCAGAUCUGUGCUUUACUUUUUAAAUAUUCAGUUACAUUAGCAAUAACUUCUACUCCCAUGGUGCGACACAUCAGUGUGAUGUGAUAGUUGUGUGCACGGAACACAGUACCACAUUCCAUCCAGCCCCGUCCAAGUUUUUAUAAUACGUUUUUAUGUACUUUUUAUAGAUAUUUUGUAUACAAUUUAUAAAGGAAUAAGAUGUUACAUACCUCUAUGUAAGUUUAAAUGUACUUUGAGAAUAAAUGUUAUUACCAAGA